UGAUGACGUCACGCAGGAAAGUACACACACUCACGUCGCUGCGUUGACCUGAAAAAACAACAAGACGAAACAGCAUCUCCACCGAGGGGGUAACAGCUCAUGUCACCGUCGUAGAAACAAGAACUUCCGUUACAACAAUGGAGAAACCUCCCUUCAGGCAGAACCAAAACUGCGGAGCCUGGGAGCUGAAAGAGAGGCUGGGCAUGGGAGGGUUCGCUCAUGUUUACCUGUACCAGCAUCGUGAAACAAACGAAAAACUAGCUGUGAAAAUGUGCCGUCUGGAGCUCACACCAAGAAACAAGGACAGAUGGAGCCGAGAAAUCCAGAUCAUGAGAAAGUUGAAUCACAUUAAUGUGGUGGCAGGCCGAGACGUCCCUGAGGAAAUGAUGCACAUAGCGCUAAAUGAUCUUCCACUGCUGGCCAUGGAGUACUGCUCGAGGGGAGACCUGAGGAAGAUGCUGAGCAAACCUGAAAACUGCUGCGGUCUGAAAGAGAGUGAAGUUCUCUCGUUACUCAACGAUGUUGGAUCUGGUAUCCAGUAUCUGCACGAAAACAAGAUCAUACACAGAGACCUUAAACCUGAAAACAUCGUGCUGCAAGAUAUCAACGGGAAGCUGGUUCACAAAAUCAUCGACCUGGGCUAUGCCAAAGACCUGGACCAGGGCAGUCUGUGCACCUCCUUUGUUGGCACGCUUCAGUACCUGGCUCCUGAGCUGUUUGAGAAUCAGCCGUACACCGUCACUGUGGACUACUGGAGCUUUGGCACCAUGAUUUUUGAAUGCAGUUGUGGUUUUCGUCCGUUCCUGCACAACCUGCAGCCUGUGCAGUGGGCCAGCAAAGUGAAGAAUAAGGGUCCAAAAGACAUCAUGGCUGUAGAGGACGUGAACGGAGAAGUCAAGUUCUCCACCCACCUCCCUUACCCCAACAACCUCAGCAGGACUCUGUUGGAGCAGAUGGAGUCCCUGCUGCAGCUGAUGUUAAAGUGGGAUCCGUACCGGAGAGGAGGAAUCUCCUACGAGGAUAACAAGAAACCGAUGUGCUUUGAAGUGCUGGAGCAGAUUCUGAGUAUGAAGGUGGUCCACAUCCUGAACAUGACCACGGCUCAGGUCCACUCCUUUCAGCUGACUCACGAUGAAAGCCUCCACAGUCUGCAUAAACGCAUCGAGGCCGAGACAAAGAUCGAGGUGGUCAACCAGGAGCUGCUGCAGGAGACGGGAGUGUCGCUGGAUCCCAGGAAGCCCGCUGCACAGUGUGUCCUCGAUGGAGUGAGAGGCUGGGACAGCUACAUCGUCUACCUGUUUGACAGGAGCAUCACCAAGUAUUCCGGGCCGUUCAGCGCCAGACAACUGCCCGAUAAAGUCAACACUAUCGUGCAAGAAGCCAAGACUCAGCUCCCCUUGGUGGCGUUGAAGAAGGUUUGGGGGGAAGCAGUGAGCUACAUCUGCGGCCUAAAAGACGACUACAGCAGGCUUUUCCAAGGACAAAGGGCUGCUAUGUUGAGUCUCCUGCGCUACAACACCAACCUGACCAGGUGUAAGAACAGCAUGUUCGGCUUCUCUCAGCAGCUCAAGGCCAAGUUGGACUUCUUCAAGAGCAGCAUCCAGUACGACCUGGAGAAAUACAGCGAUCAGAUGCACUACGGCAUAUCCUCUGAGAAGAUGCUGAAAGCCUGGCAGGAGAACGAGGAGAGGGCCGCCGCUUUUGCACAGGUGGCAGAGGUGAGCCACCUGGACGACGAGAUCAUGGCUCUGCACUCUGAGAUCGUGGAGCUUCAGAGGAGUCCGUACGCUCGUCGCCAAGGGGACAAGAUGGAACAGCUAGAGGAGAAGGCGAUCGAGCUUUACAAGCAGCUGAAGAUGAAAUGCAAAACACCUGAGACGGAUGAGGGCAGUGACAGCUCUGAGAUGGUGAAGGCGAUCAUUCAAACCGUGCAGAACCAGGACAAGGUCCUCAAAGACCUCUACACCCACCUCAGUAAGAUCCUGAUCAGCAAACAGAAGAUCAUCGACUUGUUCCCUCGCAUCGAGAAAACCCUGGAGAACAUCAAAGACGCUGACAACACAGUGAUGCAGAUGCAGAUCAAGAGGCAGAGAGAGUUCUGGCAUUUACUCAAGAUCGCCUGCGCUCAAAACUCGUCAAGGAGCUCGAUAGCAGCGAGUCCCGAGUCGUCCAACCUGCUGCAGGUCUCUCAGUGGUCGCAGUCGGCACAACCAGUCAGCUCCCCUCAUCCGCUCACAUCCCUACCUGGGCCAAACGACAGUGACGCUGCACCGCGUCUGCUGCAGGAGAACCAGAAGUACCUCAGUCAGCUGACCAGCCUGAUGCAGGACGCGGCCGACGACCAGACCAAGAGCAUAGUGGACCAAGACUGGAGCUGGACGAAAUACGAAACUUUAUCGACAAAAUUAAAAAAGAGAAACGCGUAAAAACCCAACUUGUGUCCUCCAUCUCCCCCCCCCCCCCCCCCCCCCUCCCCUCUGCCUGCGCUACGAGUAACACUAAAGACUGUAAGCUGUUCAAACACGCAGCAGAGUGAUGUCACGCGUCCUGGUACAGAUGUACCUGGACUCCAGAUGUUCUCCAACAACGACUCUCCUCAUCAUCUUUAGGGGGGGGGGAGGACAUGUUCUUAUUGAUGUGAGGAAACAUGACUCCAUGUCACUCCACUUGUUUUCCUUUCUGCUGUGUCAUUAUUCAUGAUACUCAUUUCUAAGAAGAGCAAACUGUAGCACCAGACGAGAGCGUUUUCUAUCUGUCACCUCGGACACAAACAUGGGAACUAACACGAGACAUAAAAGGAAAACACAGGAUGUGGUCGGGGGGAGGGGAGGACGAGGAGGAAAUUACAAUCAAGCAAACAGCACUUUGAUACUCCCAUGUAUCCUCUCUGUUGUUCCACAUGGCUGCUGAAACAGUCGCAGGAUUUUCCAGACGAGGCAGAAUCAGUUUCACUCACAAUCGGUUUAAAUCUUUUUAAUAUUCACAGACCGGCUUUAGAUUCUGUUUCCAUGUUCUGUUGAUUUACCUUCUUUUUUUUUCUAAAAUCAAGUGUCCUAUAUCCCAGGCAGAGCGCUCUGUGGUUAUGAAAUGUGUGACACAGACUUGACCGUGCCAUCAUGAUCAUAAAAAAAACGUCUUUACUGUACGUUCAGCGGGAGAAACAGACGGGCGGUGUGUCGGUCUCAUUUUAGAGCACAAAGUGUUUCACUGUGAGGUUUGAGCUGCGUUCAUGUCGUAUGGAGGCAAAGCAACGGUACGGCUUGUGGACAAAUGACCUUAAGGUCGCCGGAAGUUCUGUUUUCAUCCACAACUGUGAAGUUAAAUCAGGUCAUAAGAUAAACAGAUGGCCUCCAAGCGGACGGCCCUGGUUCAAGUCCGGCCUGUGGUUGCUCUCCAGUUUCCUACUCUGUCAGCUGUCCUUUCAAAUAAAGGACAAAAGUCAGAAAACAAAUCUUAGAAAAAAAUGGUUUUCUGAGGUUUAUUUUGGGGCUUUAUUGAGAGACGGGACAGUGGCUAUAGUCAAAAAUCAGAGAGAAAGAGAGAGGGGAUUGACAUGUCAGAUGUGAACUCGGACCGCCCACUUGGAGGACAAUAUCCUCCGCACAACCACUAGGCCACCGGCGCCCCGUGCAAUCAAGCAUUUAAUAUAAAACUAUCAUGAAAGAGGAACUUUACUUCAUAUUUCAUCACACUGCUCCGUCUCUUACACUUCAUGAUAUUCAUUCAAACAAACUUCUCCGACCAUGGAGGCUGAAAACGUUUUUAUUUUUAACGUGCAAAUUAAAAGUUCCGACUGAAAACGGCGUCCACUUCUGGGCCCUCGACCCACCAGUUGAGAACCACUG